UCUGGUUCUCCAACUAACGUAGAGCAAGAAGACUCUCCUCUUGCUGUUAGCUCUGUGCUGGGCAGCUUUACUGACACAGAUUCUUGUCAAGAAAAAAAAAGACUAAACUGAAAAACAACAACAACAACAACAGCCUGUUGCUCAUCCGGUUAAGCGAGUACACCAGUGGUUUAUAAGCUAAAUAAGGUGUUUGGUCCGUUGCAGCUCGUGUGCUGUUGUGUGCGCCAUCAUGGCGGUGGUCAUCCGCUUACAGGGACUUAGAAUCACAGCUGGUUCUGAGGACAUUCGCAAUUUCUUCACUGGCCUUAGAAUACCCGAUGGUGGGGUUCAUAUAAUUGGCGGAGAACUUGAGGAAGCGUUCAUAAUUUUUGCAUCUGAUGAAGAUGCAAGACGAGCGAUGACUCGCUCAGGGGGAUGCAUUAAAGGCGCCCCAGUCAACUUGCUUUUGAGUAGCAGGUCAGAGAUGCAGAAGGUUCUUGAGGAAAGCACAAGGAAAUCAGAACCAAAUAACAGGAGGAAUUACAAGGAGGUUGUCAAAAGACCAGCAGUCGAAGGGAGACCCAUGUCACUGAAUGAGGACAUGAAAGUAGAUAUGCGAAGAGGAGAUAAUCAAAACAUGGGAAACAGACCUCUUCUAGCUUCUCCUAAUGACUCUCGAAUUCAGAAGAAAGAUGGAGAUGGCGUCUAUUUGUACUUGUCUGGAAUGCCGUUUUCAGCAACGAAGGAGGAUGUCCGUGUCUUUUUUGACGGUGUACAAAUUGAUGACCUAAUUUUUAUGCGAAACAAUUAUGGAAUGUUUAAUGGAUGUGGUUUGGUCAAGUUUCAAACAAGAGAGGAUGCCAUUGAAGGUCUGAAGAGGGAUCGAAAAUACAUUGGACCACGUUACAUCAGAGUAAUGCCGGCCUCAGAACAUCAGUGGGUCAAAUCAGGGGGUUCGGUUAAACCAGAAGGUGCAAGUCAGAGAAAACAUACCUUAGAGCGCACAAGAUCUCGCUCUCCCAUUCGUCAUCGGUCACAUUCUCCUUCCAGUGAAGAGUUUGGUGUGUUGUAUGAAAACCUCCCAUAUUCAGUUGAAAAGCGAGAUAUAAAAGCCUUACUCCAGCCUGUGUCUUUGACAGAUGACCAGAUCAGUAUUUUUGUGGAUAAUAAUAGCGAUAUGAGCAAGUCAGCUAUUGUGGUGUUCAAGAAUCUAAAGGACUAUUGUUCUGGCCUGGCUCACCACAAGGAAACAUUUCUGCACCGUGUUGUUUAUGUGUCUCCUGUCUCCAAAGAAAAGAUUGCCACUCUACUAGAAUCUACUGAUAAACUAAGAGAAGACCAUAGGAGAUCCAGCAGAUCAUCUGAAAAUUCACAAAAGAGUACUCAUGACUCUGAGAGACGGUGCAUAUAUGUUCGCAACCUGCCUUUUGAUGUCCGUAAAGUAGAGAUCAUGGACUUCUUCCAUGAAUUCCAGCUUUCAGAGGACAGGCUUAUCCUUCUCUAUGAUGAACGAGGAACUGGGCUUGGUGAGGCUUUGGUGAUUUUUCAGACAGAAAAGGAGGCAGUGAUGGCACAGUCUCUGAAUGGGCGAAGAUUUCUUGGCUCGGUGGUCAUGCUGAAGUGCAUCACCUGGGCUCAGAUGAAGGAAUUUGGUAUUGACAACAGCAGCAUUCCUGAGAGAAACCUUCAGAGGAACUCACCAAAAUACGGCGGUGAGCCAAAUUUCGUUAAUGACCAAAUGUAUCAGGACAAUUGUGAUGUAAUUCCAGAUGCUACUAUGUCCUGGAAAAAGGACUAUGUCCCUGGAAAUAGUGGUCCAUUGGACCAUUUUGAAAGCCCUGAUGCUUAUGGACAGGGGCCAUAUGGUCCUGACUCUCAUCAAUAUGGACCACCUGACCAACAACUUAAUCGGCCAACAUACGUCAGGUUGCUCAAUCUACCCUCUAAGAUAAGGGUUGAUGAAAUCUAUGACUUCUGCUAUGGGUACAAAGUUAUUCCUGGGUCUGUCUCGUUGCAGUAUAAUAGGAGUGGAACACCUACAGGCACUGCAACUGUUGUGUUUGAAAGCCACAAUGAGGCAGUCACUGCUGUCCAAGAAUUAAAUGGAAGACCCAUUGGUACGAGGAAAAUUAAUAUUGUGUUUGUGUAGAAUGAGAGUCUUUGGGCAUUUCUUUAGACAGCUGUUUGUUUGCUCAUUAUAAUUCUUAAUACUCAACUGUUUUUAUUCCCUUAUAAGGAGAAAUACACGAAAGAUUAAAUUCAGUUGUUUAAUUUCAGUGGAUUUUUUUUUGUUGUAAUUUAUUUCUUUUAGAAACUUUAUGGUAAUAAUUAUGUUAGUAUAUUGUAUUACCAUUUUACAGUAAUGGGUGAUUUAAAUCCAUUUUCUGUCUGUCAUUAACAUUCUUUAAGAGAAAAAAAAGGUUAAUUUGUUCACAUGUAAAUAUGUAUGGUGAUCAUGUUGAUUUUGAAGCCACUGUAUGUAUUAUUGAUUUAAGAUGGAAUGCCUACAUGCUACUUGUCAUUUUACUUGAUACAUGUGUAUACUGUAUACUGAUGAAAAAAACAGUAACACAACAUUUCCUGGUGUGAGACUAGUUUGUGUUUUAUGUAGAAGGUGGUAAUUUAUUUAAAGUCCCAGGCAACAGAGAGUAAAAAAACUAAACAAAAAGUACAACACCUAACUUCAGUGAUAAACAUCCUGAAAAGCUUGAAUGAAAAACAAAAUAGAAAUGUGACAACGUUCUGCUCAAAGGUGGCAAAUUUGCUGACCCGAUUACUCAAGGCAUAGCCUAAUAUUCCAAUGAGCAUGCUUGAAUGAUCAGGGGAAAGCAGGGAUAAUCUGGCUUGUUCAACCCUACAUAUCAAAUAUACACUCACUGAUCACUAUAAUAGGAACAUGUGUACCCCUGCUCAGUCCUGCUGUUGUUUAAUCAGCCAUUCAUGGGGCAGUGAUGUAAUGCAUAAAAUCUUGCAGAUACAAUAGCUUCAGUUAAUGCUCAAAGGUUCACCUUUUAAAGUGGCCCGAUGAGUGUAGACUGUCAUAUCUACUUUAGCUUCAGUUAGCAACUUUGCUCAGACUCGCGUAGGAGUAAAUCAUGUUUACUGUUUCCAAACUGGAUGAGGGUUCAGCAGACCGCCAUCUGCCUCGUCCCGAUUUCAUCCCCAGAGUACUUGGGGCUGUCCUGAAUCCCACCAGGAGAUGAUUUGACCCUUUGCCUGCACAUGACCAGCAACUUCAUCAGGCCCCUCUACAGCAAAGAGAUCCACUGGUUUUUGUGAGGAGUUGAACAGUGGUGCAUACAGAAGAAAAUCACAUGGGUGACUGUUAAUAUUCAUGGUGAUUAUUUGCAUGCAUUUAUGAUGAUGUAUUGUGUUCCGUUAAAUAAUUUAAAUGUGAGCCAAAAUGGGAACACAUACUGUAUGUGUGGUACACUGAAUUACUAUUAUAUUAUUAUUAUUAUUAUUAUUAUUAUUAUUGGCUUCAUUUAUUAUGGUUGACAAACCCAUAAUUAUGUUCCUUUUUUAUGGAAAUGAAUAAAAAAAGUUGCAUUACUUUCAUAUUACUACAGCUCAGUGUUAUUAAAAUGUCUUAAGUGUUGUAAUGAAGCAAAUAAAUAGUGUGGAUAAAAUCGA